AUGCCUGACUUGCUCACUCUCUUGCUUGCUGCCUCCCUCACUCACUGCCUGCCUUGCUCACUGCCUACCUCACUAGCUAGCUCGCUCACUGACUCGCUCGCUCCCUUGCUCACUGCCUCCCUCACUAUCUCACUCACUAUCUCACUCACUAUCUCACUCACUAUCUCACUCACUAUCUCACUCACUAUCUCACUCACUAUCUCGCUCACUAUCUCACUCACUGCCUCACUUACUAUCUCGCUCGCUGCCUCGCUCGCUGCCUGCCUCCCUCGCUCACUGCCUCAGUCACUGACUCCCUUACUACCUAUCUUGCUGCCUACUUCUCUCCUGAAUGUGGUUAAUAUUAUAUGUAUUCUCUGA